UCACCAGAGGAACCCUCUCUUUCCACAGAUGAUUUAAAUAGCCUAUACUUUCAGGUGUUAUAGCAUUUUUUCUUCUUCCGUGACGCAAAGCAGCAAAUGAACUUGAGGAACAUGGUGAAGCAGCCCAUGGAGCACAUCAAGAGACCAAUGAACGCGUUCAUGGUCUGGUCGCGAGGUCAGAGAAGACAGAUGGCACUGGAGAACCCGAAGAUGCACAACUCUGAGAUCAGCAAGAGACUCGGUGCCGAGUGGAAGUUGCUCUCUGAGUCUGAAAAAAGACCUUACAUCGACGAGGCCAAAAGACUUCGCGCCCAACACAUGAGAGAGCAUCCAGAUUACAAAUACCGACCGAGACGCAAACCUAAAGGAUUGUUGAGGAAGGACACGCUGUUGUCUUUAGCGCUUCACAGCGAGCGAGACUUUCAAAGCAUCUCAACUUUGACCAAACCACGACCUCUCCAUUCAGCUGCGUCCAUGCAGCAUCCUUUCAUUGAGCAGAUCGGAUCCAACAGUGCUUUCCAACAUGAAAACCCUGCUAUAACCCCUGGCUCGAUGGCUUUUUCUCCAGCUUUAGGCUAUCAGAGUGGACACAGGUGCAUCGGGAGUCUGGGAUGCCCCGGUCAGUACGCGCGCACUCACCUGUCUCCUGCAAACCCCGGAUACCUGCUGCCCUGUAACUGUUCGCCCUGGUCUUCUUCCAGUCUCACACCUCCACUUGCCUACAUAGUGUUUCCAGGUAUGAGCAAGACUGCGGUGAACUCUACAGCGCUGUGACUCAGGCAUUAGGAUGGGAUUAAUAUCGCGGAAAGUUUUUUUAAG